AUGGGUGAAAGUGUCGAUUCAAAAACGCGCCUCGAGGAAGGUAGAAAUAUACCACCGGCAUUGAAAAAGCUUCUCGAAUGGGACGUCGUUGUGACGAAACAGUUUGUCAGCUUUAUGCUGAACUUUGUGCCACUGCGCUCCCUGCGCACGCACUGCAAGGUGCUGGAGUAUUCGUGCCAUGGAAUCGCUUGGCUGGCCGGAUCGUUGGCAUUCUGCUGGAUGAUCGAUAAGCCGGAAUGGUAUCAGAUGCAGGUCAACCUGUUCAUCGGCUUGCUGACGGACAUCAUAAUGGUGGCGGUGAUAAAGGCCGCAACACGCCGCCGCCGGCCAGCUAUAAACGAUGACCCGCUUUGCUUCGGUCCGGAUAAAUUCAGCUUCCCAUCGGGUCAUGUUUCUCGCGGUGUGUUCAUCACGACGUUUCUAACCGUACUGGAUCCAGUGAUGAUUGUGCUGUGGCCUCCGCUGCUAGCCUGGACUGUGGCGCUAUGCAUUUCUCGUCUGAUUCUCUAUCGUCAUCACAUUCUGGACGUGAUCGGUGGCAUUCUCCUGGGACUGUUCAAUGCGUUACUGAUUUCAAUUCUUUGGUUCGACCAGGAGGGUAGCGUUUGGUUGAUCAACUGGAUCACAGACGAACGUGUGGCAGGUGCAGAAUAUGCUGUGUGA